UUCCCUCCACGUGACGUCGGCAACGUCGGAGUACACAGUGGCACCGUCUUGCGGCGGAGGUCGAGGGUUUCCGACAGUUCGCGCGGGAAGCUCCCGCCACUUCGAGAGUGCCAGAUUCGGCAGUGAGGAUUCAGUGCCAUCGCCGGAAUACGCCCUCGAGGACCGCGGCGAUUCCUGCUCACGUUGCUGGGGUUGGGACGGAGCCUUCCAUCGUCCGCGAUCGUGUCUCUGUGAAUUGCACUGGGUUCUAGGGUUCGCUUCUGAUUCGGGGAAGAAGUGUUUUUUAUGGUGGCAUGUGGAAGGGUUAUGAACUGCUGCGGUUACAGCAACCACUGAGCACUGUUUGGUGUAAAAUUAGAAUGGCUGAUCACCUCCUCGAAACGAAGAUGUCUUCAAGCUAUCAAGCGUUACUUGUCUUGUGUAUCUGCUUAUCUUGUUGCUGUUCAGUGUCUUUAUCAGUGCGCAUUAUAGGGGAUGAAAAACAGAGAACAGAUGGGCUGCUCCAGUAUAAUGCAUUGCUGUGCAAUAAUACUGUGCAAGGGCGCUAUUUACUGUCUGAUAGUCGUGGAUAUGUUUGCAAUAUCAUGGAAGUAAAUUCCCUCACAGGUUGUUGCCCAAGAGAAGGAGAGCAGUUUGCUUGUCAAGGUUGCAACAUAGGGUCGCAGUGCUGCAACUCGUACGAAUAUUGUGUAUCGUGCUGCUUGAAUCCAGUGCGGACAACACUUGAGGUUGUAUUGAAGACGAAACUUGCUCGACAGCCAACUGCUGGGUCGUGGACCAGUUUGUUUGACUACUGUUCAGGUCGCUGUCGGCACAACUCUCAGAGCGUGGUUCACGAAAAUGCUUACGUGAGUGAAGAUCAUCACUGUUUUUCAGCAAGAUCUACUCCACCUGGUGUUCAAGUGGAAAUGGAUGCGGAGGAUGAACUGGCAGAUGUGUUUGUUUAUGUUGGAAGAGAAGGACUGUCUUGUGAUGCAACUUGCAGUGCACAGAAGCUCUCUUGCAGAGAGGAGAAACUUGCAGCUCUCAACAACUGUGCAGAGUUACAGAAAUAUAACAAGUGCCAUGGGCUCUGCAUACCCAGCACUGGUCCGGAUCAACCAGCAGAGGUUGUCAGUACAGCACCCAGACAUAUGCACCCAGGUGCAUGCUUGUACAAUACUCAAGUCAGCCAGCUAUCAUGUAAGGGUUACCAUCUUUUCAGUCGUCGACUUUGUCCCUGUGCGUGAAGGGUGGUACAUGCACCUUGCAAGCUGCGAUUUGGACUGGAUAUCUCUUCUCACAAUCUGCCUGGACAAGAUCAGGGUUUGUAAAUUACAUGAGCCAUUUGGUAGCUGUGGUUCUGCUGGGAAUCCUGUUAGACAUCUCUCAAUGUUGUUAUAGUCAACACCUGGCACUAGCAUAAUGAUGUAUAUGCCUGCUCACUGUGCCAUGGUCCUACCUAUGAAGAAGAUUGUUUUUGUACUUGGAAUUCAUUGGGAAUGAUCAACUUACCAGUUUCACAUUAUUGCAUCUUAA